AUGGAGCGACCCCUCGUCAACACUGACCUGGCGAGGCCAGAGGAGUUGGACCUGCGGAAGCUCUUGAGCGGCCUCGAGGCACGCCUGGAGCACUUAUUGGAGCAGCGGUUCAAAGAGUUGUCGGACCAGCAGAAGAAGUUGAUGGAGCAGAUGGUCGCAGUCAAGCAGCCCUCCUCUCCAACUCAGAGACCACAGAGAAGGAGGACCACCGAUCGUACAGAGUCGCAGUCCUCUCUUUGGCUCGGGGGAUCCGACUGCGCGCGCUGCAAAAUCCCGAAGAAGGCCGCACCCAGUUUGGCCGAGCUGGAGUCGGCGAUGCUGCAGGAUCUUGGUGUCAUGAGGGCCGCCCCAAGCGACAUGACUAUGAGGGCGGUCCCAAGUGACACGACAAUUCGGGGCGUCCCCAGCGACAAGAGAAAGCUGGAACCGGUGGCGCCAAAUCGCAUUCAGUCCCGCAGCGGUGACAUCGCGUCCCUGGGAUCGGGUUCGAUGUCAUCGCUGGUGCCUCGUCCGGUCAAGGUCGAGCCGCCGAAGCUGGGACCGGCUCUGCUUCCGGGAACUACAGGAGAGAUUGAGGCAUCUCCUGGAAACCCUGCUGUACGCCUCGAGGUAGAUGAGCUGGCAGAGGAGGACUCGGACCAGGCUCCCACGCCCGAGGCCGAGGAGUGCAAGCGGGGAGUGGGCAAGAAACUGACCCAGUUCACCGACAAGGGGCCUGGCAUGCAGGACAUGCUUCGCGAUUCACAGGCUUGCAUUCUGGUGGCCGUAGACUGUCAGCCGAAUCGUGCUGACUCCGUGGUGGAGGAGAGGGACUUGCAGCCCUACGCCACGAAGACAAUCUUGAAGCUGCCGAAGGUGGUGUACUACUUGAUUGCGUUCUUGACGUUCUGUCAAGUAGCUUCCACGAUCGCCUUCCUGGCUUUCGGAUAUCAGUCCAGCAGCCGAAGUUUAAGCUUCUCCGUCGUCUCCAGUAUGAUUUAUGGCCUGGUGGCCAUCUGCUGCGUCUGCCUUCUGAAGCGUUCUCUGCAAUCCAAGCAGUUAAAGCUGUCGCUCGAACGGUUGCACGAGUUCGUUGCUGACUUCGAAGUGAACUGGCACGAGGUGUCGGGCAAGGAGUGGAGGAAGUUUGCCCUGGCUUGGCUUCUGUCCGUGGUCUGCUUCACGGGCACGCAAGGGCUGGAGAUUAGCAUUGGAGCGAAGGAGUUCUACUUGCAACAGGCGCCAGUAGACGACUUCCUCAACAUCGUCAUGCUCUCGUUGAAGGGCUUGUCCGUCAUCAACUUCGCAAUUGCGAGUGCGAUCGUCAUGAUUGUGGCAUACAUCCAGUCACACCUUCUGAUCGGUCUGGACAAGAGUCUCGACUGCUGGUGCUGUGAGAUCUGGAACAACCAAGACUUCGAGCUGGGCGUGCAGAGCUGGAAUGCCAUGCAGGCCCUCCUUAAGUCAGUGGGCCGUGAGCUGCAGAACGGCUUCCUCGCCCUCCAGGCCUUCGGCUACUUGAGUUGCGUGCUCUUCCUCGGAGGGGCCAUCGCAGUGGCUCUCCGGGAUGAUUUCACCUUCCUCCCGAUGCUGCUUGAGGUGCUGGCUGUCCUCCCGCUGACAAUCCUCUUCCUGGUGAAUCUCCGCGUCUUUGCGCACGCUGCUGGGCUGACAGAAAAGUGCAGGGCAAUCCCGGCCUUCGUGAACCAAAUCAUGGCCGAGGAGGCGAUUGAGCGCAAGCGCCAAUACCUGGUCCAGUUCAUCAAGGACAGUUCGGCGGGUUUCUAUGUCAAGAACGUCCAGCUGACGCAGGAGAUGUUCGCAAAGCAGAUGUACAUUUCCGGAACCGUGCUUUCGGGCUUGAUCGGCUUGAUCUCGCGCGUCCUCCUUGCAUGA